CAGUACUGCUCCAACUUACAACAAUCCCAGCCUCUCCUCACUCAAUCAUGCAGUACCAAAUCCUUGCCUUCGCUGCUCUGGCAGCUGCCCUCCCACAAGGCAACACCGACGGUGACCAACCCCUCACUCCUCCAGUAGCUGGCUCCGUCGAUGUCUGCACUGGUGGCUACACUGCUCAAUGCUGCGCAACCAACGUCUUGGGCCUUGCCAGCCUUGAGUGCUCCCAAGUGCCGGAUGUCAUCACCUCGAGGGCUAACUUCCAAGCCCAAUGCGCCGACCAAGGCCUUUCAGACAAUUGCUGUCUGAUUCCUAUCCUCGGCCAGGGUCUGAUCUGCCAGUCGCCUCAGGGCAACUAGGAGAUGACCAUUAUAUCAGAUAUCACCACACAAGCUAUGAUAAGAUGCAAUAGAACAUAAUCAUAUACCCACACUCCCAAAAUCCGUGGAGCUGAUCAUAUGGGGUCCCUCAAAAACAUUCGCAUUGCAAGGACUGACCCUAUCCCGGUUC